CUCCCUCCAACCCACACCGCCCUCGUCCAAGAAACCUACGCCGCCCCCCUCACCCCCAAAACCCUCCCAACCCCCCAGCCCACCCCCGGCUCCGCCAUCAUCAAAAUCCUGCACGCGCCCAUAAUGGCAUACCUCCCCGACGUCUACAAUGGCGCGCGUGCCUACGCCUACGCCACCCCGCUCGUCACCGGCACGGCCGCCAUCGGCCGCGUCGUCGCCUUGGGGCCGGACGCCGUCGUGCUCAAGCCGCACGACCUAGUCUACGUCGACGCCGUCGUGCGCGGGCGCGACGACCCGGGCGCAAUUAUCCUAAUGGGAAUCGCGGAGGGCAUGACGGAGGGGAGCCGGAAGCUGAUGCGGGGUGAGUGGCGCGAUGCGACGUUUGCGGAGUACGCGAAGGUGCCGCUCGAGAACGUGCAUGUGCUGGAUGAGGCGCGGUUGUGUGGAAGCCCGGCGGAGGGCGGGCUAGGGUAUGGCACGGAGCAGCUGGGAUGGAUGCUGCAGGCGCUAGUGCCGUAUGGGGGGCUAAGGAGCAUUGGGGUGCAGGCGGGCGAGACGGUUAUCGUAGCGCCGGCGACGGGGGGCUUUGGGUCGGCGGCUGUGGUGGUGGCAUUGGCGAUGGGGGCGCGGGUGAUUGCGAUGGGGCGGAAUGGGGAGGCGUUGGAGGGGUUGAAGAGGGAGUUGGGCGGGAGGGUGGAGACGGUGAGGAUGACGGGGGAUGUCGGGGAGGAGAUGGCGGCGUUGAAGAGGUUUGGGAAGAUUGAUGCUUUUUUUGAUAUUUCGCCCCCGGAGGCGAAGGGGUCGACGCAUUUCAAGGCGGCGGUUUUGAGCUUGAGGCCGGAGGGGAGGGUGAGUCUGAUGGGGGGGUUCUUGGAGGAUGUGCCGAUUCCGCAUAGGUUUGUUAUGAGGUUCGAUAUUACGUUGAGGGGGAAGUGGAUGUAUUCGCGAGCGGACAACGUGGCGUUCCUGAGUUUGCUGAAUACUGGGGUCCUGGACGUCAGGAGUAUUGUAAAGGUGCGCGGUACAUUCAAGCUGGAGGAGUGGGAGAAGGCCUUUGAGGCGGCAGCGGGCGCUGGCAGGUUGGGUGAGCUAGUGAUGUUCAAUCCUUAG